AGAACGUCAGGUCUGGGAGUGGAAGAGCUGUGCAACACUGACGAGGAGCUCAGCGUCCCGCUCCGCUCAGCGCCCUGGAAUGUGCGGCUUAGGGCAGGGGCGAGCAGGGGCUUUAGCUUAGCUGGUACUAAUUGCAAGUUUUAGUGCUCAAAAACUCUGGUGAAAAAAAAAAAGAAAGAAAAAAGGAGCAAAUAGCCGAAAGAGGGAGUUAAGGCUGGGAGAGCUGUUGCUCCAAGCAGCCGCGAGAAGUUGCUCAAGCCUUCACUUAGCAGCGUAGUAGAAAGGAAAAUGUGUUAGGUCGCUGCCCCGAAACGUUGAGGCUGCCGCGAAUGGUGCUGGGCGCUGAGGCGGGCUCCAGGACUGUGCUGGCUGUUUACUCUAAAGCAAGUUGAGAGAUACAAAUACAUCAGACAUUGUACCACAAGCAGCGGGCAACUCAGAAGCUUACAGAUCAUCCUUUGCACAAGGGAACAAGAACUCAUCCCCACAACGCUAAAGUGCUUUAUCAGGCUGUGAAUGAGUUUGACACCAUGACUGCAGAGGACUCUACUGCAAGGAUGAGCAACGAUUCCUCCAACAUGGCUACCACAAAAGUCCCCGAAGGCGUUGCUGGGGCGCCCAACGAGGCAGCUCUCCUGGCCCUCAUGGAGCGCACAGGGUACAGCAUGAUCCAGGAGAAUGGGCAACGCAAGUACGGCGGCCCUCCGCCCGGCUGGGAGGGCCUGCACCCUCCCCGAGGCUGCGAGGUCUUUGUGGGCAAAAUCCCCCGUGACGUCUACGAAGAUGAGCUCGUCCCAGUGUUUGAGUCUGUUGGUCGCAUCUACGAAAUGCGCCUGAUGAUGGACUUCGACGGGAAGAACCGUGGCUACGCCUUUGUGAUGUACACGCAGAAGCACGAGGCGAAGCGUGCCGUCAGGGAGCUCAACAACUAUGAAAUCCGCCCCGGCAGGUUGCUGGGCGUAUGCUGCAGCGUAGACAACUGCCGGCUCUUCAUUGGAGGCAUUCCCAAGAUGAAGAAGAGGGAGGAGAUCCUGGAAGAGAUCGCCAAGGUGACAGAAGGUGUGCUGGAUGUCAUCGUGUACGCCAGCGCUGCAGACAAGAUGAAGAACAGAGGCUUCGCCUUCGUGGAGUAUGAGAGCCAUCGAGCAGCGGCAAUGGCCAGGAGGAAACUCAUGCCGGGAAGGAUCCAACUGUGGGGACACCAAAUUGCUGUUGACUGGGCAGAACCAGAGAUAGAUGUAGAUGAAGAUGUCAUGGAGACUGUUAAAAUCCUCUAUGUGAGGAAUUUAAUGAUUGAGACCACAGAGGACACCAUUAAAAAGGUCUUUGGGCAGUUCAACCCUGGCUGUGUAGAGCGGGUGAAAAAAAUCCGUGAUUACGCCUUUGUGCACUUUACGACUAGAGAAGACGCCAUCCACGCCAUGAACAACCUUAAUGGUGUCGAACUGGAAGGCUCUUGCCUGGAGGUUACCCUGGCCAAGCCAGUAGACAAGGAGCAAUACACUCGCUACCAGAAAGCAGCAAAAGGAGGGGCCACAGUAACACCUGAAGUAACUCAGCAACCUAAUUAUGUUUACUCUUGUGAUCCGUACACACUAGCGUAUUAUGGAUAUCCCUACAAUGCCUUGAUUGGGCCCAACAGAGAUUAUUUUGUGAAAGCAGGCAGCAUACGAGGCAGAGGGCGAGGUGCAGCUGGGAACAGAGCCCCCGGCCCCAGGGGCUCCUACCUGGGGGGAUACUCCGCUGGCCGUGGCAUCUACAGCAGGUACCACGAAGGCAAAGGAAAGCAGCAAGAAAAAGGAUACGAGCUGGUCCCCAACUUGGAGUUACCUGCGGUCAGUCCAGUGGCCAUUAAGCCCGGUGCAGUGGCCAUCCCUGCCAUCGGUGCCCAGUACUCCAUGUUUCAAGCUGCACCACCAGCCAAGAUGAUGGAAGAUGGCAAAAUUCACACUGUUGAGCACAUCAUCAACCCUAUAGCCGUCCAGCAGGACCCAGCCAGUGCGGCAGCCGCUGCAGCAGCCGCAGCCGCAGCUGUGAUACCAGCCGUCUCAACACCUCCCCCCUUCCAGGGCCGCCCCAUCACGCCAGUGUACACCAUGGCUCCCAAUGUGCAGCGGAUCCCCGCCGCCGGCAUUUAUGGGACAAGUUACGUGCCAUUCGCGGCACCGGCCGCGGCGACAGCGACGAUAGCCACACUACAGAAGAACGCCGCUGCCGCUGCUGCCGCAGCUGCGGCCUACGGCGGCUACACCGGCUACAUCCCCCCAGCCUUCCCCGCCGCCACCAUCCAGGUGCCCAUCCACGACGUCUACCAGACAUACUGAGACUGUCGGCAGAGGAGGGCGGCGGAGAAACACACACUGAAGGAACACUUUACUAUUUAUGAAGAAAGAACCAGCUGCAAAAGAGUAAAAGAUUGGACUCGGUAAACCGAAGCGGGAAGUGAAAAGAACGUCAGAGAGAAAUGUGUUCAAAAUGUUUUCUACGCUUGAAGUUUUCACUAACUUUUUUAGGCUGUUUUUAAAAUGUAACGUGCCUGUAUUCAUACAUUUCUAAAGGACCUCGGUGCACCCAGCCCACCGCUGAAAUGCAUUUAUACGCAUCCUAGUGGGGGUCGCAUAAGGUCUUUGUUUUGGGGUUUUUUUAGCAGUUAUAUUUUCAAUAUAUUUGUGGUAUGAAGGUUAUUUUUUAGUAACUUCUGCACUCCAGAGAUGUCUAUUUUGUAGUGCCUUUAAUAAUAUAUCAGCUAUAUAUUAAAAAGCACACCUGAGCAGCUAGGGAAAGUUUUAACAAUAUAUUUUGAAAAAUAUAUUCGAUAUUUAAAGAAUACAUACCUUAGGUUUUCCUUUUUUUUUUUUUAAGAAAAAGAAAACAACAAGUAUCUUAUUUAAAAAAUUAUACUGGAAAGUGCAAUUUGAAAUAUGUGCAAGACCUCUGCCUUUUUGCGUUGGCAUUAAUACAAUCUGCUCGUUCUUCUUUGAUAUCAAUAACUGAUACACGUGUUUGGGAAAGAGAGAGGAAAAGAAAGCCUUCUCACACAAACCUCUUCACAGUGUGAUUUGCAGGUUUGCCUUAAGCAAAGGCUCUGAGUUUUCCUUAACAACUGGAUUUUCUAUUUAUUGAAGCUACUCAUAGUUGGAGCAUAUGCAGAAACAAGUAGCCAAUAUUUUGCGUGAGGUGUCUUGACUUAGAUCUUCAUCCAGUAUAAAGCCUAGACUUUUUUUUUUUCAGUGCUCUUUAUUUUAUUCUUUGAAGUAGAUGCUGUAGUGACAGAGAAUGUAUGCUGCUGCCGGCGAGAGCAGGGGUGCUCGCGCCGAGAGGAUGCGCAGCGUUACUUACCCAUCGCUCCAUCAUGUUCUGUGAGAAAUUUCUGAGGUACUAGGGGUGGUAGUGAUACUGGAAUUAGUGAAACAGGGCUAGCCUCCCUCCCAGCCUCCCUCCCACACUUAGUUCCCCCUUCUCUGCAACUGGAGUUGUACGUGCACAUCAGGGGUGGGAGCAAGUGGACUCAAUGAUUUUAUGACAUAGAUCUUGUAAAUAUCUUUUAAUAUACAUUUUUAAAGUCAUUUUAUGUUGCAAACUUACAUGGUAUGUGGUUUGGCACAAAACAAAAAACCUUUUAUUGUGAUGUUAUAGAAAAAUUUGUUUUAUUGAGAAGUAAAUAUAUUAUUGCAGUGUUUUGUGGCCUGUUUAAAGGCUUUUACUUAGUAGUGCGGUGAAUGUAAAAUAUAGUAAAGAAAUAUCUGGCCCAUUGUAUGAAGUGUAUCAUCCCUGCAAACACAGCUCCGGUGACACGAGAUGCAAAGCAGGGAAUGAGUAAACAGCUUUCUGUGGUAUAAAUACCAACAAAGGGGGUUUCCUAUGGAGUAUAUUUUGACAACUGAACCACUUCCAGAGCACGUCCAGCUCAGUUAAGUGACCUUUUAAUACACCUUUUUAUUUCCUUGCCCUGAAAUCGAGUGGUUGUUUUUUAGGUGCUCUUGCUCAGCCAAGCUGAGCUCUCGUUAACCCUGUCAACCUGUAAAUGAAAGUACCGGGAGGUUAACCAUUAGGCUGGACUCUGCCCCUCUGUGUCUCUUCCCAGGAGACUUUCAACGGCUGUCCCUGCAGUUCUGAAAGUACACUCAGACCUUAGCACCAAGGCCCUGACCCCUUUGUAGGGCAAGAGGAGGUGAUUUGGGCAAAGCCCGCAAAGGGCAGACCAAUGUUGACUCCUCCAGUCCUCUGGCUGAGACCUUGCAUGGCUCAACGUUAAUUGCUGCUGGGGGUCCCCGGGCCAUUGGGUGGGGAAACGGCAGUCUAGUGUCUUGGGUCCCUGCCAGCCCCUCUCCAGCCCCGUGCCAUGGCUGACCCACAGAGGAGGGAUGAAGGGUGAUGAAGUCCUCUCCCUACAGGAAGGACAAGGGACCUGCUGCUUGCAGAGGUGGCAGGGAGUGAAAGGAGCCGACGAGGGCAAACCCUGAGGUGUCCUAGGCCACAGGUGGGUGUUGCCUGUGAGAAGGCAGGAGUGGGCAGGACAUGGGGACGCGGGCAGGACAGGGGAAGGUGGGCAGUUGGGUCACGCUGAGCUUUCUGCCUGUGCUUGACUUUUACACUUGCUUCUAAACCAUUUCAUGUACACUACUACUGAGGUAAGUCUGAUAACUUGAAAUGUGAACAUCUCUAGGUUAAGAACAAACUAUUCAAAGAAAAAAAAAUAUUUAAAAAAACAAAGUUAGUGUGGCUUAGUCUCAAAAGAGCUGAUAGUGUAGGUGUUUUAUUGUAUCUCUCUUCUCUGUACGGCCAGAGCCUCUGAGUUUAUUUAGUUCUUGCUCCAUUUACGGUACAUUUCUAGAUGUA